CGAUCUCGGGAGGAGGCAGCAGCUGGUACCAUUCCUGGGGCACUCAACAUCCCUGGUAUAAGAUUUCCCUUGUUGGCACAGGAACAGUCCAUGAUGGUCUUAACUAAAGAAGCCUCAUUUAGUAUGCAGUGGGGGCAGUACUGGUAGACAUAGGGCCUUAGAUUUGCUCAAGCCAGCCCUCAGGUUCCCCAGACAAAGGCUAAAUGGAGAUAGAUCCUGGCAGUGGAACUAGCUUAUCCAGUUUGAGGGGACAGCAGGUGGCCAGAGGGGCAGAUCCCCAUCUGAAUGCUGACUUCCCCGAGGCUGGAUGCUUUAAUCCACUUGAUCCUCCACUGUCUGCUUAAGACUCAGGAAGUGGCAGCGUUUGCUGGCCUAACUUUGCAUUGGUACUCUGUUCUUGUCUUUGAGGAUGGUAUGGGGUGGGGGUGGCUACCGUAUGUUGUUGGGACAGUCUCUGCAGAUAGCUGGGAUUCAGCUCUUUCAGCCCCAUCUUGUGAACCUCGGUGCACCACUGGCUUUCUGUCUUGUCCUCUCUCAGUGUCAGAGUUGGAAAUCGCCUUGAAUAUGGACCCAGCUGCUUUUCAGACUUUGUACUGUGCUGAGAAGCCCAAACUAGAAGACAGGAAUCUUAUUUUCUUCUGUCAGAUGGGCAGGCGAGGUCUCCAGGCUACACAGCUGGCACAAGGUCUUGGAUACACAGGGGCUCGAAACUAUGCUGGGGCCUAUAAGGAAUGGCUGGAGAAAGAGGGCUAGAUAGAAGGCUCACUGGUUUGUGACAGUCCUCAGGGCCACCUUGCUGGGCUAGGCAAA